GGCCGGGCGGAGACGCGGGGCGGGCAGGAAAGCGCCGCGCCAGCUUGGAGUCGUCGUCGGGGGCAGUGCGGGCUUGGCGGGUUGGGGCUCGUCGCUUAGAGGCGCCUGUACGGGCUGCUUCGGGGCUCGCAGGAUGCCGGCAGCGCGACGGCGCGGAGUGCGAGUGCUGUGGCCGCUGCUGUGGGUGGCCCUGGUGCGCUGCUACAACGUGGACGUGGGGCGCCCCGUGGUUUUCCAGGGUCCCAACGGCUCCUUCUUCGGGUACUCGGUGCUGCAGCACUACCACGACAGCACGCGGUGGGUCUUGGUUGGUGCUCCGAAGGCAGAAUCUAAAUACAGCACCUCUGUUCAGUCCCCAGGAGCAGUGUUUAAAUGUCGAGUCCAUACCAAUCCUGACAGAAGAUGCACAGAACUGGAUAUGGGACGAGGCAAUUCUCGGGGCACACCCUGUGGAAAGACCUGUAAAGAAGACAGAGAUGAUGAAUGGAUGGGUGUGAGCCUGGCUAGACAGCCAAAGGCUGGUGGAAGUGUGCUGGCAUGUGCACACCGCUGGAAAAACAUCUACUAUGAGACAGAGUACAUCUUGCCCCAUGGCUUCUGCAACAUCAUUCCUCCCAACUUGCAGUCCAAUGGGAGACAGCUCUUACCCUGCUAUGAAGAGUACAAGAAGAAAUAUGGGGAGGAGCACGGUUCAUGCCAGGCAGGGAUCGCAGGCUUCUUCACCGAGGAGCUGGUCAUCAUGGGGGCACCAGGAUCGUAUUAUUGGACAGGAACUGUCAAAGUACUGAAUCUCACUGACAACACAUAUUACAAGCUGAAUGAUGAUACCGUGAUAGCCAGGCGGUACACAUACCUUGGAUAUGCGGUGACAGCAGGUCAUUUCUCUCAGCCAACUACCACUGACAUUGUAGGAGGAGCUCCCCAGGAUGGAGGCAUUGGAAAGGUUUAUAUUUUUAGAACAGACAGACGAUCAGGCUCUCUAAUAAAGAUUUUUCAGGCUUCAGGAAAAAAGAUGGGCUCUUACUUUGGCUCCUCCUUAUGUGCAGUUGAUCUGAAUUCUGAUGGGUUGUCAGACCUGCUGGUUGGAGCACCUAUGUUUUCUGAGAUCAGAGAUGAGGGUCAAGUCACAGUCUAUAUCAACAGAGGAAACGGAGUGCUGGAGGAGCAGCUCAUCCUGGAUGGUGACAGCGCUUAUAAUGCACACUUUGGGGAGACCAUAGCCACCCUUGGUGACAUUGAUGACGAUGGCUUCCCAGAUGUUGCCAUUGGAGCACCUAAGGAGGAUAACUACGUAGGAGCAGUGUACAUUUACCAUGGGGAUUCCAAUGGUAUUAUACCUCAAUACUCUAUGAAGCUGUCUGGGCAAACAAUAAACCCAAAGCUGCGUAUGUUUGGCCAGUCCAUAUCAGGGGGAGUUGAUAUGGAUAGCAAUGGUUAUCCAGAUAUGACUGUUGGAGCCUUCUUGUCAGACAGUGUGGUACUUCUGAGAUCCAGGCCUGUCAUUACCGUGGACAUCUCCAUUUUCCUGCCCGUAUCUAUCAAUAUCACAGCUCCUCAGUGCCAUGAUGGCUUGCAGCCAGUGAACUGCCUCAAUGUCACAGCAUGCUUUCGCUUCAGCGGCAAGCAUGUUCCUGGAGAAAUAGGUUUGAAUUAUAACUUGACUGCUGAUGUGGCAAAGAAGGAAAAGAGCCAUCAACCCAGAGUUUACUUUGUGACUUCUGGAGAAACAGCAGGGCAGAUCACAGAGAAGUUACAACUGUCAUAUAUGCAGGAAAAGUGCGAGCAUUACCUAGCAUAUGUCAAGAAAAGAGUCGAAGACGUCAUCUCUCCAAUUGUAUUUGAAGCUGCGUACAACCUUUGGGAACAUGUGAUAGAAAGAGGAAAAGAGGACAAGGAACUACCUGCUCUCAAGCCCAUUCUCCGUUGGAAGAAAGGACAAAAGAUAGCACAAAGGAAUCAGACUGUUUUUGAGAGGAACUGUCAAUCUGAUGAUUGUGCUGCUGAUUUAAAACUUCAUGGUAAAUUACUACUGUCGAGUGUUGAUGACAGAACUGCCUACCUGGCCCUGGGAGCAGUGAGGAACAUCUCGCUUAACAUUUUCAUCUCUAACAUUGGGGAUGAUGCCUAUGACACCAACGUUUUCUUCAAUUUUUCUGGGGAGCUCUUCUUCAUCAAAAUGUGGCAAAAGGAGGAGCUGGGCAUUGCCUGUGAGUUGCUGGAAUCAGAUUUCCUCAAGUGCAGUGUGGGAUUUCCUUUCAUGAGAUCAAAUUCUAGGUAUGAGUUCAGUGUGAUCUUUGACACAAGCCACUUGUCUGGGCAGGAAGAAACGCUUACCUUCCUUGUCACUGCCCAAAGUGGAAACCUAGAACGCAGUGAAUCUCUGCAUGAUAAUAUUCUAACCCUGUCGGUACCUCUGAUGCAUGAAGUGGCUUCAUCCAUCAAUGGAGAAGUCUUCCCUACUUCAUUUUUCUAUGGUGAUUCUGUGGAAGUGUCCAACUUUGUUCAGUUGGAAAACCAUGAAUGCCUUUUCCAGUCUCUCAACUUCACCCUGCAGGUUUACAAUGCUGGACCAAGCACUCUCCCUGGAGCUUUUCUUGACAUUUCAUUUCCAAACCGCCUCUCUGCCACUGGAGACGAAAUAUUUCAUAUUCAACAGAUGAUGGUUGGCCAGGACAAAGGAAGCUGUUCUUUCCACAGAAACCACAGCCCAUGUGUUGUUCCUCAAGAGAAUGAAAAUAUUUUCCACACAAUAUUUGCUUUUUUCACAAAGUCUGGCAGAAAAGUAUUGGAUUGUGAAAGACCAGGCAGGUCCUGCUUAAUUAUACACUGCAACUUAAGCUCACUACCCAAAGCAGAGUCCUGUGAUAUAAGUAUCUACAUGCUGCUGAAUACUGAGAUACUCAAGAAGGACAGUUCCUCGGUCAUCCAGUUUGUCACAAGGGCAAGGUUGAGGAUGGAUGGUGACCUCAGAGUUGUGGAGGUGCCGAGUGGGAGCCCACAAGAAAAAUCAGGCAAGAAGGAGGACCCAGGGAACUACCAGCCAGCCAGACUCACCUCAGUUCCUGGAAAGAUGAUGGAGCACCUCAUUCUGGAGGCCAUCUCUAUCCACAUGGAGGAAAAGAAGGUGAUCAGGAGUAGUCAGCAUGGAUUCACUAAAGGUAAAUCAUGCUUGACCAACCUGAUUGCCUUCUACAAUGAGACAACUACCUGGAUGGAUGAGGGGAGAGAAGAGGAUAUUGUCUGCAUUGACUUAGCAAGGCUUUUGACACUUGUCUCUCACAAUAUCCUCAUAGGCAAACUCAGGAAGUGUGGACUGGAUGAGUAGACAGUGAGGUGAAUUAAGAACUUGCCGAAGAGCAGAUCCCAGAGGGUCAUAAUCUGUGGCAUAAGGUCUAGUUGGAGGUCUGUCACUAGUGGGGUCCCUGAAGUUCAGUACUGGGUCCAGUAUUGUUUAACUUGCUCAUCAGUGACUUGGAUAAAGGGACAGAUACCUCCUCAGCAGGUUCACUGCCAACACAAAGCUGGAAGAAGUGAACGAUACCCCAGAAGGUUGCACAGCCCUUCAAAAGAACCUUAAUGGGUUGGAGAGAUGGGCAGAGAAGAACUGUCUGAAUUUCAAAAAAAGGUAAAUGCAGGGUCCUGCACCUGGGGAGGAAUAACCCUAUGCAACAGUACAGUCUGACAGCUGACCUGCUGGAAAACAACUCUGCUUAGAAGGACCUGGGAGUCCUGGUGGACAACAAGCUGUCCAUGAGCCAGCACUGUUUCCUUGUGGCCAGUGGUAUCUUGGGGUGCAUUAGGUCUUCCUAAUUGUCAGAUCGCAAGGGAGGUGAUCCUGGCCAUCUACUCAGCCCAGGUGAGGCCACAUUUGGUUUAAUGUCCACUUCUGGGCUCCGUAGUACAACAGAGAUGUGAAGCUCCUGGGGCAGUUGCAGUGAAGGGCAGUGAAGAUGAUUAAGGCACUGGAGCAUCUCUCUUAUGAGUGUAGGCUGAGGGAACUGGGCCUAUUUAGUCUCAAGAAGAGAUGACUGAAAGAGGACCUCAUCAGUGUCUGUAAGUAUCUGAAGGGAGGAUGUCAAGGGAAUGGACCAGGUUCUGCUCGGUGGUGCAGAACAAUGGGACAGGAGGCAACGGGCAGAAACUGGUGCACAGCAAGUUCCACCUGAAUCUGAGGAAGAAGUUCUUUACUAUGCAGGUGACUGAGCACUGGAACAGAUUGCUCAGAGAGGUUGUGGAGUGUCCCUCACUGGAGAGAUUCCGGUACCAUCUGGAUGUAAUUGUGUACAAUGUGGUCUGGGAUGACCCUGCUUGAGCAGGGAGGUUGGACCAGAUGACCCACUUUGGUCCCUUCCAACUUUACCCAUUCUGUGAUUCUGUGAAAUGCCUGAUAACAUCUCACUGAUAGAAAUAAGCGGUGUGUGUAAAUCAGCUAAUGUUCAAAUUCCUCCUCCAGAAAAACUGGUCUUAAUCAGCAUUAACCUGAGAUGAAAGGAUCUCUGAUCCUGAAACUGCGAUGAAGGAUCUCUGACUACUUCUUUAUGGGAACACCUUGACAAAAUAUAGCCCUUCUCACCCGCUUUCUCUCAUCUGUAGCUGUAAUUUUUGUGUCUGUUUGCUGAGGAUGCGUACAGAAACAGAAAUGUUCAUUAGUGGGAUCUUGGGAGGCUGUCCUAUCCUGUCUACCACUCAAAGCAGGGCUGUUGCCUGCACUCACUCAGGAUCCCCAUGGCUUUCUCUGAGGCUUGGAAAUGGGCAGGGUUGGAGAACUGAGGGCCUCUUUGGCCCCUGUACCAGUGCUGCCAUCUCCUUCCUUUUGCAGCCUUUUCCUGAAUGCCCACCUUCAACAUUCACAUGAGUUGCAUGGUAUUGCAUUCCCUGUGCUGUCUCACAAAUGAAACUGUUUGAACAGGGUCAGCAGUGAGUGAAUGUAUCUAAUGGGUCUUUCAUUAGCCUCUUAAAGAUGUGUAUCUUGGGAUUGUGUAAUUGUAUGUGGCUGCAACUCCUGGAUUUUCACUCACUUUUAGCAAAUAAUUUUUUUUUUAAUUUAACAAUUCAUGUCUACAAAAUACUUUUGACAUUUUUAAGCAAAGAUGAUGAAAGUGGUUUGUGGAGGAGGAAGAAAAGCUAACUACUUCAUUUUGUAAAACAAAGCCAGACUAACCAAAUG